CGGCGUGGAGGUUCCCUUCGGCUCUCCCACCCCUCUUCCAACCAUGGGCGGGGGUGGAACAAUGAGAGGAAAAGGAGGUGGAGGCAGGAAAAUGGCAGCGGCGACCGUGGCGGUGGCGGCGUUAACGGCGCCAGGAGGCGGCGGCGGCGGCUGCAGUCCGAGGCAAGGCGCUGCUCCGCUCGCCGCCUGGCUCAGCUCGUUGCUGCUGGCGGCGGCUCUCGGCAUGUGUGAGUGGGUUUCCCGUGUCGGGGUCGGCGCGCCUGAAAGGGAAGGAGGGGAGCCAAGGAGGGAGAAAGCAGGGCGGGAGAAAAGCCUUUCCUCUUCGCGGAGCCCCGCCGUCUCCGCCAGAACUCGGGCGGCGGGGGAAGCGGAGCGCGCGCGGGAGGCGAGUCGUCUGGGGCGUGUGAACGCGACGCUGCGGCGGAGCGGAGCGCUGUUUCCUCGGUGCUGUUGGGUGUUGGCGGGGGAUUCCAGGUCUCCCGGAGCCCCCCUCGCAGCCCCUCCCUGGUCUCUCUCCGGUAAAAGGAAGAAUGGGUGGGGGUGAGCUAAUGUACGUGUCAUGAUGGUGGCGGGUGUACGUGUGAAUCGCUUUGCAGAAGAGCCCAGGGCGGAACAGAGACCAAGGAAGAGCAGGUGACCUCUCUCUCUCUCCCUCUGCUACUCCGCCCUUUGGGUCUUUAGGUUGAGCUCUGCACAGAUAAUAAUAAGGGUAAGUGCUGAGCCAGGCAAGAGGGGAAAUUGCUGCGUCCUUGAAUCAAUCUCUUUCCUCUCUGCUGGUACCAGAUAAAGCGCCCAAGACCUCGUAUGUCUAGGAUUGGUGUUGCCAUUGUUUGGCUUUGAGUUUCCUGCCUUCAUUUGUAGCGCUGCUUUCUUAAAGCAGUGUACAGUUCUUAUUAGUCGUAAAGCGAUGGAUGCGAUGAGGUAGUCUGGUCACGGGAACAGUCCCACAAACAGGUAUGGCGAUAUACUGCUUCGCUGCACAUGCUCAAGAGUUAGCCUGGGUCAGUUCAAGUCAAAUGUGUCAGUACACAGAGUCAGUAAUGAAAAUCUUUCCUAGGAGUUGUUGCACACAGUUUUUACAUGUGCCUUUCAGGGAAAUUGGUUUCCACAACCUGGUCAAACUGACUUAGAUCUGCCUGAGGGUGAUCAGCUUACAGAUUCCUUCUGAGGCACCAACAUAAUUAUAAAACACAGUUUCCCAUACUUCCGUUUCCUUUUCUUGGGUAAAUUGACUCAUCUCACAAAUGUACAAUAUUGCCUUGGCCAUUUCUCUGUUACGCUCUUUGAAUAUAAAAUGUACUAGUAUGCAAAAUGGCUACUGGCUAGCUAUAUUAAGUAAUGUCCUGUUAUUCUGCAGCAAUGAAAUCAAUCCAUCUGUAAGCUGGGCAGGGUUUUUUCCCCUAUGAACUAGCAGUGCUUUAUUUUGUGAAAGGAUAGUGGUUUGGACCUAUGGAAUAUUAUCUGUUUGAAACUCCCUUUUGUUCCUUAUUGCUGAGCUAUGUUAGAAUGAUGUUUUUUGUUUUAAUCCCCAAGUAGCUGUUCUCUGGACAUUUCAGUUGCUUCCAGAAGUAACAUAUUAAAUAGAAUCAACAUAAGCACUUCUUCAUGUGCUGCUUAAUACAUGAGGUAAUGAAUAACCUGGCUUAAAUCAGUGUUAGGAACUCUGAUAUAUAAGCUAGGUGCCAAAUGGCUCCUUAAACCAAAGUUAGUCACCAAAAUGGAAUGUUUAGUUGCCAUUUUGGGGCAAGACAACUCUGAAGUCUUAUUUAUCAGACGAUGCACUGUUUGUGAUUCUCAGUUAAGCAUCUGGCUAGUUCAGAUAACAACCUUGAGCUUUGAUAACUCAAGAAAGAAACGUCAUUUGAUCCAGAGACAGUCCACACAUAUAUUGGUCUUUUUGAAUCUCUCAGUGGUGAUUGCCCCUGCUCAGACUGCACAGAAGAAGCAUUUUGGUUCCAGAAAUUCAUUCUGAUUGUGCUGAUAAAACACAGCUGAUAGAAUUCUACAGGUUGGAGUAUUAGCAAGGCCUUUUUUCAGUCAGACUGGUGGAACUCUGUUCCGGCACCUCUUAGGUGGGCACCAUUGCCAUUAUAAGAGAAAAAAAGAGGCAUUCAUGGUGAGUUCCAGCAUCCCUUUUUCUAGAAAAAUACCACUGGGUAUUAGUUUGUGAAAACAGUCCAGAUCCAAUGAUCCCCAGGCAUGCACCUGCAGAUGGUAGAAGUGUCAAGUGCCAUCCUAGCAGCCAGGCAUAUUUACUUGGUUGCAAGUGGUUGAAAGCAAGGUGCAAAAUGUGCUUGGCUAAUUUCAAACACUGGUUUAAGUGUAUUGGAUAUUAAUUCAGCCGGUCACGGGAACAGUCCCACAAGCAGGUCUUGUGAAUAUGCCCGUACAGUGGUACCUUGGUUCUCAAACUUAAUCUGUUCCGGGAGUCCGUUUGACUCCCAAAAUGGUUCGAAAACCAAGGCGCGACUUCCAGUUGGCUGCAGGAGUUUCCUGCAGUCAAGUGGAAGCUGCGUCAGACAUUCGGCUUCCAAAAAACGUUCGCAAACUGGAAUACUUACUUCUGGGUUUGCAGUGUUCGGGAGCCUAUUUGGGAGCCAAGCUCAUUGAGAACCAAGGUACCACUGUACUAGCAAAAAUAUAGUGGUACCUCCGGUUGCGGAUGGGAUCCGUUCUGGAUCUCCGGUCAGAUUCCAAGGUUUCCGCAACCAGAGGGACUGCUUCUGCGCAUGCACGCGUGGCGGUAGACUGCUUCUGCACAUGUGCACAGCGCGGCAGAUUGCUGCUGCACAUGCACGCUUGACAAAACCCAGAAAAAUACUUCUGGGUUUGCCACAUUCGCAUCCUGAAGGAUAUGCAAUUGGAGGUGUGCGUAUCCAGAGGUACCACUGUAGUGCUGUUUUAUAAUAAUGAAAGAGUUACUUCAAAUGGAAACAAAAUAUUGUUUCCUGUUGCAAACCUCAUAGUUCCUACUAAUCAAGACAGGUAUUGUAAGACUUUUUAAUUUGAUGUAGCAUUUAUUUGAUUAGAAUUUAAAACUUUUUGCACAAGUGGUUCAUAGGAGGAAAAAAACUGGCAGUGGUAGCACUAAUGGGAUUAUUGGAAGUGGCAAAAAAUGAAAACAAUUUUGGUUGUGGUUUACUGAAAUAUUAUGCCUAAAGGGGAUAGUGAAUUGUUCCCUUUUUGAACCCAAGUUUUUUGUGUGCCCAAAUAUAUUUGACUUGCCUCUUCCAGAAAGUCCAUUGAGAUCACUUUCAGGAUCAGCAAGCUUUAGUAAUAGAAAUAGGUCAGAUUUUGUUUUUCCUUUCUACUUGGCAGUCUUCAAAAAAUUCUAUUUUUGUGUUGCACUGAUGCCAUGGAUUGAAAAUGGCACCACAGAAAAUUAGUGAUAUUACUAAAGUAAAUUGUGCAUGUCGAAUUUGGAACUUGUGGAGUCUGGAGUCUUUAUUCUGAGAACCCACUACGUGCCUCCUAGACUUAACCAGUGUGCAGAAAUGAACUAAAAGUGCUCCUUCAGGCCACAGUUUAGAAGCCAUUAUUUGUAUGCUUCAGGAUGGAAGGUUUUUCCCUUCCUCAGAUUUAGUCAUAUACUUCCUUCCCACACUUUACAAUUAUUGAGCAAAUCAAAACAAAGGCACUUGUAUUUCUUUUCUUUCAUUAAAUGGAGUGCCUUAAGAUACACCAGAGUGAGAAUAAUAGGACUCUCAACUGUUAUCAACAGUAGUCCAUUAUGGCAUGCUUGCAGAGCUCCAGUCAGAUAAAUGGCCAUUUCAGAGUCUAAUCCUAUUUCUAACCUAACUUCAGUUCGAAGGAACAAUAUUAUAGACUGCUACUUUCACUCUUUGUUCAAUAAAUUCUAGGAUAACUGACAGGGUUCCUGAAUCUGUAUUUGGGUUUUUUGCACCAUGUCAAACUUUUCAGCUAAACAUUCUGACUUCUCAGAAAUAUAAGCAAUAGAGAUAGCUCAAACACAUGCUGAGACAGGAAAGGAAAAUUAUUCACAAAGCAACAAUUAAGGUGUUUGUGCUUACAUGCUUGUUCUGUAUAUGUAUCUUUGCUAGUGUAAGUAUAUAGCUGGACUGGGGAUGCAACUUACCGUAUUUUCCUGUCUAUAAGAUGCCCCCAUGUAUAAGACGACCCCUAUUUUUUGAGCCCAAAAUUAAGAAAUAAAUAUUUUAAACAUUCUGUGUAUAAGACGACCCCCAAUUUUAAACUUAAAAAAAUUGGGGGAAAACAUAGUCUUACACACUGAAAAAUAUUAUAUAUAUUUUUUUUAGUCUUGCGUGGAUUCAUUUUCAAAUCUUAACAUUUCAGUUCAUUGAUACAAAAUAUAGUUUCAUUUCUGACUGGAUAGUUGUUAAUGGUUAUACAGUGGUACCUCGGGUUAAGUACUUAAUUCGUUCCGGAGGUCCGUUCUUAACCUGAAGCACCACUUUAGCUAAUGGGGCCUCCUGCUGCUGCUGCGCCGCCAGAGCAAGAUUUCUGUUCUCAUCCUGAAGCAAAGUUCUGAACCUGAGGUACUAUUUCUGGAUUAGCAGAGUCUGUAACCUGAAGCGUAUGUAACCUGAAGCGUAUGUAACCCAAGGUACCACUGUAGUUUGUGGCUGUGGUUGUAGCAUUGUUGUGAAACUUCGUAAUAUUGUUCUCCUCAGCAAUAACUUAGAAGCUUUCCCUAGACCAAGUCAGUUUUUAUAACUGGACUUAAGUAUACAUUCUUUCCUCCUUGCCCCACCUUAACUGUUAGGGGAAACUGCUACUGACUGGUGACUCUUUACCUACAUGCGUGGAAGUCAGCAAAUACUUGUUGCAAAUUACAGUGAUCUUUGCUUAUGUGGAGCUGUUGAAAAUAAUCCCCAUGACCUUCUUGUCGUGUUUUGUAAUUUUCCAUGCAAGACGGGGCUAUUUCAGUAUUGAAACAUCUUCCAAAAUUUUGCAAUACCAGCUCAACAGAGCCAUAAGUAAUGUUUCGCAAAGGUAGUGUAAAGAGCUCUCUGAUGACACAUUUCCGACAUCCAUCUUAUAGCUUUUUUUAGUGCAUUUCUUAUUGAGUACACUGUUGGGAGGAAAUAGGCCAGGAAUGGGGAAUUUGUGACCCUCCAGAUGUUGUUGGUCUCCCAUCAGCUUCAGUCAGCAUAGCCAAUGGUCAGGAAUGAUGUGAGUUAUAGUCCAACAACAUCUUGAGACCUACUAUACAGGGUUCCUUGUAUACUGCUGCCUCUGUUGUGCUUUUGGGUUCAUAUUAGCAACCAUACAACUCAGAAGGCAUGGUUUGUUGCCUAAACCAAUGAGAUAAGUUUUUAUUGAGAGCCUUCUGUUGGUACUUGAAAUAGCACAACUAGCUAGUAGUCUUAUAGAUAUUAGUUCAGCUGAAGUAAGACUUUUUCUUUAAUAUUUUUACACACACAUGCACAGUAUUUGCUGUGUAAUUGAGAAAACAUCUUAGUGUGGACUCUUGCUGUCUAUAUGUGUACUUUGUUUAUCUAGCUCGGUGUCCCUAUAAUUGGUGCUUAUGGACUUUGCACGGGCUUCUUUUUUCUGGAAGCCAUAUGAACUCUGAAACAGACAUUGAAUUGCAAUUUAUUGUUGUUUACUCCUUUUAGCAGUUUCGUAACAGAAAGUAUUGGCUUGGGUGUCCCUGAAUAAGUGGUGGCAACAGUAAUUCUAUAUCCCUUUUGUACCCAUUAUCUGUAGUUCUUGGUUGUGUUAUGAGAAAUAAUUUCACAAGGGAAUGUUCUUAAGAGAAUCUCUAAUCUGCAACCCGAGUGGCUUGCCAAUUAUCUCUUGAUCAAAAUCUAAAGCAGCUUUAGACUAAUCACAAAUUGUUCUAAUGUUGUAAGUAUCUUGACUUUUCCUACCCUGCUGCAUGACAGUUAACCAACACAUCAACAAAGCCGAAAUAAAGACAGGGAGAUCUUCCAUGAUGUGUACUUAAUUAUUUGCUAAUACAGAGAGAGAAGAACAGAAUAAAUGCUGAACUGUGGUCUGUAUCCCUGCACUUGAUGGACUGUUGGGAGUGGGGUAGCUGGUGAAGGAAAAUUAAUACCCAAUACCCCCACAUGCCCUCCCUGCAGCUUGGCCAUUGUGGCUGCAGUCCAAUGCCAUACUUAUUUUCCUGUUCCGCAAGUGUAUUUGCUCCUGAAGGUUUUUGGAAGGUUAGUAGCAUGAAGAAAAUGUCUUCAGUAUAUCCAGUAUAUCUGAAGGAGCGUCUCCACCCCAAUCGUUCUACCCGGACACUGAGGUCCAGCACCGAGGGCCCUCUGGCGGUUCCCUCACUGCGAGAAGCCAAGUUACAGGGAACCAGGCAGAGGGCCUUCUCGGUAGUGGCGCCCUCCCUGUGGAAUGCCCUCCCACCAGAUGUCAAAGAGAACAACAACUACCAGACUUUUAGAAGACAUCUGAAGGCAGCCCUGUUUAGGGAAGCUUUUAAUGUUUGAUGUAUUGCAGUGUUUUAAUUUUAAUUUUUUUUUUGGAAGCCGCCCAGAGUGGCUGGGGAAGCCCAGCCAGAUGGGCGGGGUAUAAAUAAUAAAUUCUUCUUCUUCUUCUUCUUCUUCUUCUUCUUCUUCUUCUUCUUCUUCUUCUUCUUCUUGCUUAAUGUCCCAUCUGCAUUUCCAUUUAAUAAGCCCAUGAGAUUUCUGUCAGAAAGUUUGAAGGAGACGUCUCAUUUGUUCAGCUCAGCUUUCACUGCCUUCUUAAAGGUGCAAUCCAAACUCCACUUACAUGGAAGUGCCCCACUGAAUUCAAUAGGUCUUGGUUGUAAGUAGAGAAGGUUAGGAUUGCAGUGUUAAAACCCCCUCUUCUGCAAGCUUGUUUGCUCACAAAGGCCUUUGGAAAGUUCGGAGGAGGUUGUGGUCUGUGCAUCUCCUCCAGUCCCACCCAGAUACUUUCUGCAAGUUUGUUUGCCUACUGCGGGCAGAAAGUUGUGGUCAUAGGUCUCUAUCUUUGCUUUCUGCUUAUCGGGUUUUACAAAAUGUUUCUGUUACGUUUUGCUGAGGGUUGUAAUACUUCACAUGCUCAGGGCAUUUUUUUGUAUUUCACAAAACUGUAUGCCAUAAAUAAAUUUGUUAGAAGAUAGCAUGAGUCUUAUUUUGUAAUAUCAGGUGUUCCUUUCUAGGAGAAGAGGCCCCUGUUUUGGAAAUUGUGAGCAUCAAGCUCACAACCACUUUAACCCAGCCUUGAUUAUUGCUUAAAUUAAUGUAUUACAAAGAAUGAUGCAUCCAAUUAAGUGGACUCUAGCCCACGAAAGCUUUUGCCAUAAUACAAUUUCUAGCCUUUAAGAUGGCAGUGCUGUUUUGUUUGCUGUUCUGCUAAAAUUGUACUGUGACCUACUUUACAGGGUUGAUGUGAGGAUAAAAGAAUAUAAAACACUUUGGCAAAUUUAAAAUGCUAUUACAGAAAGCUGCAGGGGAUGGUUCAGAUGAGAAUGCAGUGUGCAGAGCCUAUGUGUAAUAUGGGAGCAUGGGUUACAACCUGCCUGCAUACUCCAUCCCAGGCAAGCCUGUUCUAGCAGGCAGCCACGCUGGAUUUGCUGAGGAACUACAUAUAAACUCCAAAGUUUUUAGGUCUGAAUAUUCUGGUUGUUUCCCAGAUUCUUUAUUGUUUUAGUUUAGGUUUUUUCAUGAUUUCAAAUCUUCCCCUCCUCCCAUUCAAAAUCAGGGACAGCAGGCUGGAUAUAGGUAUGUGUAUUCCAAGACGUUCAAGGUGGCGUUCAUAAGUCCCCAAUGUGAGGUAGGUUAGGCUGAGAGAUGGUAACUGGCCCAAGGUCACAUGGUGAGCUUCACGGCUAAAUGGUGAUUUUUAACCCUGUUCCCCUAGGCUCUAAUCCACUUAAUUUCCCUGCAUUUUAUUCCACUUUCUUGAAAAAAGAUGUAGAAAUGAAAAAGCAGAGGUAGAGAUGUGAAGGCCGAGAAAGAAAAGAACUGGAAAAUUUAGGGGGGGAAAUGCUUUUUCCCUGUUUCCCCCUGUUAGAUUGUAUUGUAUUGUAUUGUUUGUUUGUUUACAAAACACUUUCUUUUAGAAUGAUGAACAAAUGUUUGAGACAAGCUGUUCAUAUAAUUAAUCCCCCAAAAUAAUUUCUGAAGCUGCAUAGCAGAAAGACUUUUAUGCAAGACUAGGUACAGUUUCAGAUCGUUACAAUUCCUGUAUAUGGAGGCAAGUCCUGAGUUGUACAUUGAGAGUACAAUACUCAAGUGAAAGAGCAAGAUGCAUUUCUGCCUCUUGGAGGGCACUGCUGUUGCCUCAAGAGAAGGAAGGAGGAUUGAAUGCCUUCUUUGCUUGUGGCCGUAAAUUUGUUGGCAUGGUUGGUGGAUCUGUUUCUGACCUCUUGACCAGUCCUCAAAGGACUGGGAGUGGGAGAAAGUACAGAGCAGUGCAAUUUUGUUACCUCCAAUUCACACUGCUGCAAAUCUGUUGGAUCCAAGAUUCAAAGGUGGAAAUGUAGGCACAGCUUCUGCAUUGGACAGGAUUACAAAACAAGCAGUAUGCUUAGGGCUUGCUUGCUGUUGGAAAGGUGCUUUUAAAUGUUGCAACAUACAGAACAUAUUCAGGUGUUUGGCCACGGAAUGCAAUCUGGGAUUCUGCCAAGCGUACACUACUGCAAGAUUGUGUCAAGGCCUUUGCACAGCACAACCUCUGACACCAACUGCUUCUUAGCCAUGUCAGAUACUUUCAUCUCAAGUAGGAUGUUUGUGUGUGCCCGGGGGGGUGGGGGACCUGGUCUCUGUUUGGAAAUACAGUGGUACCUCAGUUGUCGAACGUUUCCGAAGCCAAAUGUUUCAAAAACCCGGAAGUGAAUGCUUCCGCUUUCGAACGUGCCUCGGAAGUGAAAUGGCUUCCAAGGCAUGUUUCUCCACUUUCUGAAUGGAAUUUGCCAACCACCCAUUGCGCCUUAGUUGUCGAACAUUUCGGAAGUUUAAAGGUCUUCUGGAAUGGAUUAUGUUCGGCAACCGAAAUACCACUGUACACCAAAUGAAGAAAUAAACUGAGAUGUGGAAGAGUAGAAGUUUGUUUCAGUUUGGAUAAACCUUCAGUUUUUAGAAGUCUGGAAAUGUUUCAUCUCUGAGCUGCAGGGGGCAGAGGAAUAAUAAUUCUCCAUAAGGCCUGGAAAUAUAUGGGGUUCAUGUUUAAGAGUCCAGUGUGGCACCUUUAAGACUAACAAAUUCAGGCUGCUGUCAUUUACAUACUUAUCGCUUCUUAUUACUUCUAUGUUAUGUACACUAAUCAUGGCAUGGAUGCACACUAGAAAUUGUGACAGCAAGGGCCCCUUCUGAACCAAGGUAAGACACUUAGGGGCUAUGUAUUAAUAAGACUACAGUGUUUAAGUAUCCACUGUUUCUUUGCAAAGGAGGAGGAUAGGGAGAGAACCAGGACAGGUGGAAGCCACACAAACGUUUAUUCCAUCAGUCUCCUCCUCUGGCAGCAGAGAUUCCUUUGGUACCAAAGUGAGAAGUUUCCAGUUGGGACUAAAUAAAUAAAUAAUAAAAAGCAAAGCUUAGGUGUCAACAGUAUGUUUGCAAGGGAGUAGGAUAGGGAGAAAACUAGGACAACUUGGCCAUGACCUGUGGCCUCUUAGCACUACCAGGCCAAGUGGGCACUAGCUGCCAUUGGCUCUUCUAAACAGAUUUAUUUAUUUAUUUAUUUAUUUCUGCAAUUUAUUAUUUUAAUAGCAACUUGAGAAUUUGUCCGGUUAUUCAGAUUAAGGAAGUUUUUAAAAAUGAUAAGAAACUAGGGUUCCAGGUGGAGAAAUCGAAAUUAGAAACAGAAUUGUUAGAACCAAAGACUAAGAUACUUUCAAGGAUGUAUAACUUGCUGCUGGAAUGGAAUACACAAGAUGAAAUGGUUAAAUCGGCUAUGAUAAGGUGGGCACAGGAUAUUGGGUACAAUAUUAUGUUUGAGGACUGGGAAAGGCUGUGGAGUAACGGACUGAAAUUCACUGCAUGCAAUGCUUUGAAAGAAAAUGUAAUGAAAAUGAUUUAUAGAUGGUAUAUGACCCCAGUCAAACUUGCAAAAAUUUACCACCUGUCUGAUAACAAGUGUUGGAAAUGUAAAGAGUGUGAAGGAACGUUCUUUCACCUCUGGUGGACCUGCCCUAAAGUGAAGGCGUUCUGGGAAAUGAUUUAUAAUGAACUGAAAAGGUAUUUAAAUAUACCUUCACUAAGAAACCAGAGGCUUUCCUUUUGGGUAUUGUCAGCCAAGGGGUGGCAAAGAAGGACCAAACAUUUUUUAUGUAUGCAACAACAGCAGCAAGGAUACUACUCGCAAAACAUUGGAAAACUCAAGAUCUACCCACACUGGAAGAAUGGCAGAUGCAACUGAUAGACUAUAUGCAACUGGCUGAAAUGACUGGCAGAAUCCGUGACCUGGGAGAAGAGAGAAUCGAGGAGGAUUGGAAGAAAUUUAAGAACUACCUGCAAAAACAUUGUGAUUUGAUUGAAUGCUGAAUAAGAUGCUUGUCUAAAUAACUGAGCACCACUUAACUUAGAAGUUUUUAAGAAAAUAAGAAAAAUUGUGAAAGUUUAACUCUUUAUGAGAACUAUAAGAUCAUGAAAUAUCGAAGAGACAUAAGAAUUUAAAUAAGAUGAUAAAUUGCUGACAAAAUGUUAUAAUGAUGAAGGUGGGAGCGGGAGAUGUGAGGAAGUCCAAAGAAAAUGUGAAAUUAUGUUAAGACAAAUGUUAUAUUGUUUGCUACAUUUAUUUCUAUUGUAAAAUCCAAUAAAUUGCUUUAAAAAAAAAAAAAAAAAGAGAAUUUGUCCGGUUAUUAUCAUUUGAAUUGCUGUUCUGCCUUAAUGGAAAUUCUAAACAUAGAUUCUAAAAAGUAAAUAAUUUUCUUCAGUGUCCCCAUAGUAAAAAGAAACAACAACUUUUAAAUUGAUAUGCUAGUAGCUUAUGUGCAUAUGAUCAUUUUAUUACAGUUUUUGGUGUCUUGUAUGAAAGUAUGCAUUGUAUUACCAAAAGUUCACAUUUAAUAUAUAUGAAGUCUUACGUGUUGUAAACUUGACUUCCAUCAGCCUAGUAUACUUCUUCUCAAUAUCCAUACAUGCCGCUGCAAGGAGAAAUUUUUAAAAGUACUCUAUGAGGAAUUGGCGGAGUAGACACAUCCAUUAUUGCAACCAAAGGAAGCUGAGGAGAAGAUUGUAACUCGAUUAUAUUUAUUAAACAGAGUUCUUUAAAAAUUGAGGUCUCAAAGGAUCAAACAGCUUUGCAAAACCACCACAUAUGUAUGAAGGAGCCAGUCUCCCCAUAUCUCCUUCAACAGGGAGGUGGUACACCUGGUAUCAUAUAGGAUAUUUGCAAAGGAGAAAGAUACCACCUAGGUAGGAGCUUCAAUUAUAUUUCUCUCAAUUGAGCUAAGACUGGUCUCAGAGGUUUCCCCUGCCCCCCAAAGCUCGUUCCAUUUUUCAUUAGGCAUUUCUAUUUAAAGAUCUGCUUCGGAUGGGAUUUUUGUAGCCAUAAGGUGGCCAAAUUUCAUCUCAGUUAACAUUUUACAUAUAGAUACAACACUUUUUGAUGCAGCGAAAAGAUUGACCACAAGUUGUUCUAAAGCAGACAACUUUCAGGGUACUCUGUUUUAACAAGGAAUUUUUUUUGAUAAAAAUUAAACCAUGACCAUGUUACACUAGGGACUUUAGACAGAAUCUGUUCUUUACAUAAAAGGACAACUGUUACUAUAAACACCUCUGAGCCUAUACAAACGGGCUUGUUCCCAGCCUUUGCAGUCUAGCAUACCUCCUGUCUUGCAGAACAUCUGGUGGUACCUGAGUGGGAUCAGCGGAGAAAUUAGGGGAGCAGUUUUUCUGCACACCAUUUACUAAUCAAGAAUGGAUUUUCUACUCUGUGGAUUAAUUUUGGCGUGAUAGUGAGAAGGGGGCUAUGCCCUGAACUCCUGAUCCCCCAUAUCCAUGGCUUCCAGAGUCUAGUAUUAAAAAUUAAAACUGGAUGCUUAUUUAAUCCAAAUGUUGGAUAAUCUAUGGAGAGACUCAGCACUAUGCAUCAGAUGUAACUAUGGAAAGCCCACAAGAUUUCUCCUGUUUGACUUCAUUAGCAUCCCUUUAAGUAGAAGUAAAUUCUGGGUUACGUAAUCAAAUAUAGAAUAAUUUCAUGUAAUCGAAUACAGAAGAAUUGUUCUUUGACUAAAAAAGUUGUAGAUGUUUUCAGGAAGUCUGGUCAUGACUCAUUUCUAUCCAUAAACCUCUGAUAGAAAAGUUCAUAUGCUGGAAGUCUAUUCAUUUGGAAACCAUUAACUAAUUAUAUAAGAUAAUUCAUUUCAAUGUGGACUGCUUUUCCUAGUCAUUACACAGAAUUUAUAACAUUUCUUGGCUCCUUUGGAGAAUGAUGCAGGUUAAUCUAAUAAAAUAAAAUUUAUAUUGUGAUUUUUUCCUACAGAAACAAACUUCAAACUACUAUCUUAUUUUGAGGGACAGGGAUUAAACACACAUAUUUCCUCUGUCUUCAUUUAGGAGCAGGCUUAAGACCUUCUCAAUAUGGUCACAAUCACAUUUAGAAACCAGGUUAACAGGACUGAUUGUCACCCAUAAUUUACCAAUGGAAGAACAUACUGUAAGCCACUUUACUUUGCAAAUUCUUGAUAGUUCCAGGAACACAUAAGGAAACCCUGCAACUAUUUUUCUUGACAAUGUCGGCUGCAGUCUGACAGCUUAGCGGUUUCUGUUUUAGACAAAAUGAGGAACGAAAGGAGGGUUUUAAAGUCUUUAAUGAAGAAACUAGAAUGCUAUGAAAAGAAGACAUUAGUUUGACUUCUUUCCACUUUAGUAUGCUAUGGUGAGGAUAACUGGCAUGUGUAAUAAUGAAAUAUCAAUUAUUCAGUUGGGAGCUGUGUUGCCAACUGGUUGUCACCUUUUCGUAAUCACCACAGUAUUAAGUCUGUCUCAGGAUUUGAUGCAUUUUCUUUACGAGCUUACACUGCUGAGAGCUGUCCGCUUGCAAAUAUGUGCUUUUGGAGAAGCUGUCUUGUGUUGCAAUCUUCCUUGGCUGAUGUCCAACUUGGACAGGCCUCUUCUGGAAGAUUGUCUUGAGCAUCCCUCCAGCUCAUUCUUUGUGGCCAAAUCAGCUCUCUUUAAGUGAAUGUUUUUAAAGAGCCUUUUAAUUCUUCAGAUUAACUUGUUCCUUAGCUACUCAGAGUAAAUUGCAUUUCCAAAUGCAAUUUAGUCUGAGAUCCUACAACUUCUCGGAGCCUGCAGAGCUCUAGUCUGCAUAGUAGUGAUGGAUGAUAAAUUAAGCACAGCUGCAUUUUCAUCAUCUUUGUGCUAGUUGGUGGACCACAAUCCCAAGGCGUCCUGUUUUAGAAAGCUGCUGUGAUGGCAAACCAUGUGGGUAGGCUAAUAUGGUACAGUAUCUCUUUUCACCCAUAGCCUUUUAGUCUGGAUCUCUUGGCAAUUAAAUAGCAGUUAGGAAUUCUCCUUGUAUAAUAUUCUUGGGUAACAAAACUUGGAGAAGGACAAAUGUGAUACAGUGGAACUUCAGUUUUCAAACGUAACCUGUUCCAGAAGGCUGUUCGAGUCCCGAAAUGUUCGAAAAUCUAGGAUCAAUGGGCGGUUGGCAAAAUCCAUUGAAAAAAUUGAGAAACGCGCCUCAAAAGCUGUUUGGUUUCCGAGGCGCGUUCGAAAACGGAAGCAAUUACUUCCGGGUUUUUGGCAUUCAGGUUCCGAAUUGUUCGGCAUCCAAGAUGCUGGAAAACCGAGGUUUCACUGUAGCAGAAUACAAGCAGUACUGGUUGUGCUCAACCAGUAAACUCAGUGGGGACAUGUAGAUGCAUGAGUCUGUUUCUCAGCUUACUUGUGGCUAUUGUGAGAAGGAUAUGCACAGAAAAAGACUGUUGGAUUCCCAGGGCCUAUUCAAAGGCAUACCUAGAGUCCCUUGUGCUCUUGGCAAGGAGCUAUAUUGGCGUGUGUGUGCACGCGCGCACAUGCGCGCGCGCACACACACACACACACAGAGAAAUAAAAUCCAAGAAGCCGGUGAACUUGUCUGGACAGGAGGGCUAGGCAGUGUGCCUGCACUGCUCUUUGCCUGGGAGCUGCUCUGAGGACCGCUUUCCAUCCCCUCCAACAGCAGCAGUGGCUUUUCCUGCUGAAGAUACCAGAGGAUUCCUUUUGUGGACAAAGCAGGUGCUGGAGUGCUGAGCCAUGCAUGUGCAUGAUUGGUGCUCCAGGUGUUGUGGAAGGACUCCAAUGCCUGAUAGGUUUUGCCAACACCAAGUUAUGCUUCUGGGCCUAUAGGGGUGGAAAGACAUCAGCAGCUGUCUUUGCAUUAAUUCAUGGGUGCAGGGACUCUGUACUAUACCCUCAGAAUCCUUCUUUAAAACAUGUUGCUUUGUGACCUCUUAUCAUGUCCCUUCAUAGUGUUUCUUUUCUACCUUAAAAGCCCCAAAUGUUUUAACCUUUCCUUGUAGGGGAAUUAUUUCAGCCACGUGGUCAGUUUUGGUGCUUUUUUCUAAAACUUUCCGCACUCUUUUGAGUUGGGGUGAGCAGAACUGUAAGUGAAAGAUUUAAGUGCAGGCGCCCCAUAGGUUUCUAAAUGGCAUUGUUAUUUGGGCAAUUUUAUUUUUAGACCAUUUCUUAAUGGUUGUUAACAUGGGUUGACGGUUUCAUCAAGCUAUCCACCAUGAACCUAAGGUCCUUCCUAGCCAAUUCAGACCCCAUUAGUGUACAUGUGACAUUUUUUUGGGGGGGGGAGGAUGAGUUGCCCCUAUGUUCAUCACUUUACAUUUGCUUACAGCGAAUCACAUUUGGCAUUUUAGUGCCCAUUCACCAAGCUUUGAGUGAGCCUUUUAGACCUGAGAAUCCCUUUUUGUUUUGACCACUUUGAACGUUAGUAACUUUUGCCACUUCACUGCUUACCCCAAAAUUCAGGUCAUUCACAAAUAAGUGUAAAACAGCUGUCCCAAUACUGAUCCUUGGAGAGAUCCCACUUUAUUCAUUCCUGAAUUGUGAUCAUUUAUUCUGAUUCUCUGAUUCUUGUUCUUUAACCUCCUUCUGAUCCCUAAGAGAACUUUUCUGUUUAUCUUAUGAUUGCUAAACUCACUGAGGAGUCCUUCAAAAUCUGACACAACAUGUACUACAUCGCUCCUGUCCAUAUGCCUGCCAUAUGCUUGAGUGGUCCAUAUGAGGACCACUCAAGAGCUAUGUAAUACACAGAAAACACCCUUACAGAAGCCAUGCUUAUUAUUCAAGAAGUCUCGUUCUUAUAUACUUUUUGUAAUUUUAUAUUUAAUAAUGCUUUCUAGCAAUUUUAUUGGAACAAGCUUUAGUGUACAGUAACUGCCUGUAAUUUCUCAGAUCUCCUCUGCAUCCAUUAAAAAAAAGGGGGGCAUUCAAUUGGCUACUUUCCAUUCCUUAGGUAUGGAGAUGGAUCUUAGGAAUAGCAUACAUAAUUUUUAUAGGCCAGCAAUUUCACAUUUGAGUUGUUUUUGAGGCUUUGAAUAUUGUCUGUCAUCUUCUGUCUCUGCACUUCAGGCACAAUCCCAGGAGAGCUUUUUCAGACACAGGGGCCUGCUCAAAAACUGCAGCAGUGAAGACAGAUGCAAUCUCAUUUUGCUCCUUUAACACACAUAUAACUCCCUUGAUGUCUAUAGGUCCAAGUAUAUCCAAAAAAGGGCACAAACAUGCCCAGGUACCCAUCAAAUAAAGAGCAAAAAGCAAGGGUAAAUAAUGUUUUUGCCUGGUCUCUUAAAACACACAGUGAUGGUGCUAGGAAUGCACUCCUAGGAAGAGCAUUCCAGAAAUGGAGCCACCACUGAGAAGGCUUGUUCUCAUGUUGCCACCCUCCACAUCUUCUUUGGGUGGGGGGAAAUAGAGAAAGGCUUCAGAUGUUGAAUGUGAGGUGUGGGUUGGCUUGUGUGGGAAGAGGUGGUCCGUAAGGUAUUGGAGUCCUGAGCCACACAAGGCUUUUAGAUGAAAGCUUAUAAUAUCAUGGCAGGUUUCUAUAAAUGCAGGCUUCUAUAAAUCUAGAUCAUUGCAUCAUAGAAACGUGAGUGGGUUUUCUUAAGCACAUUUAAGCAUUUAACUCUGAGUGUCUUAGCACAGCAGCAGUGAGGUGGGAGACAUUGCUUGCACAAUGCUGUAAUGGUGAGUGUCUUGCCUAAGUGGUAUUCUGCUCUAUUCUACCGCAUGCUGGAUGUGAAGGCAAUGCAGUGAAUGUGGAAGUGCCAAGGCAUUUCCCCAUUGCGAGAAUGUUCUAUUUCCUGUUUUGGUAGUGCUAUGUUCCAUCAAUCCCUGCUGGUUUGUUUGCUUGCUAGCUACACCUGGUGUGGGUUGAGCUUGGUAAAGCUCCCAAUUUUCAUUCUUGUUCCUAACAAACAGCUGAAUGGCUUUUCACAAGUUGUAAGUCUUGAGGUACUUUUUUUAAAUUCACAGGGAGCCCUGACAAACUGUGUAGCACACAGAAGCCUUCCCAAGGAUUCCCUUUCUCUUCUGUCCAUUCAGUAAACACAUUUGCCUGUUUAAUUUUUUAUGUGUUUUUGCGUUAAAACAGAAUUGGACUGUCAGGAAUCUGGAAUCCUUAGCACAGACUAUGAAGGACAGCAUUGAUAAUGCAGCAUAUGAAAUAACCUUGUUUCUGGCCAUGAAACAGCUGCUGUCAAUGUGCUCCUGCCAGGAUUAAUACAAAACCAUACCACUUUUGUGAGCUGUAGAAACUCUGAAGGACAUGUUAGACUUUUCAGUGAAGGCAGAAAGAAAGCAUUUGAGAACAAUGUUGGCAGCAAAUUAAAUAUAUGCUUCAGGACAGGUAUGUAAAGCGGGGGCAGGCAGGCAGGCUGCACUGUGGCCUUCCAGAUGUGUCUGGGUUACAGUUUCCAUCCGCCUCAGCCAGCAUCACCAGUGGUCAGGUAGGGUGGGAACUAUAGUCUAGCAACUUUUGGAGAGUCACAGCUUAGCCACAAGGACUACUUCUUACUUUUGGAGAACAAAACGUUGUUGUGACUGUCUACAGCUUGCAUAUGAGUUUAGUUCAUGUUUGCUUAUUGUAAUUACAUGGUGCAUCAUGUGUAUUCUGGUAGUGAACCUGCCAAGAUUUCGGUAGAGGUGGUAUGGAGUUGACCAGGUUUGUGUGAACUGGCUUUAGGGCUUGGAUGGUGUUUUGCCAAAGGCAAAAGGCUUCCUUUUAAAGGAUCCUUGAAGCAAGGACAGAGCACUAGUGGAGAAAGGCUGGAUUUUAUUGAGCAAAAUAGGACUUUACAAAGGUACAAAACCUUACCCAAGUUCAAAUAACAGUUCCUCCUUUGCCAAAGGAUGUGAAGUGAAGGCACAAGACAGGAGUUGAUCAUCAUGUGAGCUGCGCACAGGUGGGCUGAAGCGAGCUGCCUCAUUAGCCUGUGGAGCCUCCUUUUAUUGAGACAAAUAUGCAAGCCAGGCAAAUACAUUUUGGGCUGUGACCUUUACACAUCUUCUGUCCCGAUGUGUAAAGUGGUACAAAGUUAUUUUGGCACCUGUUUCCACAGCGUCAUUUUCCCCUUGCACAGUGUAUGACGAAGGAGACAAAAGGUCUCAGAGACAAAGGUUACAGACAGGACACCGCCGACUACUGAGACCGCUAAAGGUCAGACAGAGGGAACGAUGUACAGAAAGCUGUGGCUUGUCGGGGAGGGGUUUGCCCUGCACCCCAAGGUCACGCGUGCAGGCAGAUUGUGGCUGCCUGCUGGUGGAGAGUGUUAUCCCUCCGGACCCCACCGUCCACUCCGCGAUAUCCCUACAGGAUGGGUAGGCGAACAAUACACAAGAACUUUCUACCCAUUCUUCAGUCAUUGGAGGACGUUUUAACUUUUACCAGUCUUUUACUAGAAUGGUUACUUAGAUGAGCUGUUUUUAGUUGCCCUUGUCCAACACUCAACAACUGGGUAAAUAUUCAGUGAUCAAGUUCAUAGGGUAUGCAUUGCAUUCAGGAUGAAGUUUAUACGGUGACCAAUCUUACACAAAAGCAGAAUUAACGCUGGAUGUUUCCAGAACAAAUGGACUAAGUGCGACUCAACGAAUAUUUGAUGGGGCAUUUAUUCUGGGCUGUAAGAUUUCUAAUGUAGCUCUUCAUCUAACUCUCUUGUGUAAUGCUGUCAUUUCAUUCUGCAUUGUUUACAAUGGGUCCUGCAUCCUGAUUUUUUGUGGUGUUUUUGACAGCCCAGGUUUCAGCUGUGGAAGUAUACACACCAGCAGAACUCUCUGUGGAGAAUGGGACAGAAACGAAGCUUCCAUGCAGCUUUUCAUCCUCAGAGGUGAUCAGCAGUGCCGCUACUGUUACCUGGAGCUUUCAACCAGAGGGAUCAACUACUACUGUGUCGGUAAGAGAUGAUGAUUGAAGUAAGAUGAGAAUUGAACAAGAGCCUGUGACAAUGCUAUUUCAUACCUGUCUGCUCCUGCUCACUUUUAUCGCUGGUAAGAGUACAUAUUUAGGCCGCCUUGGAAUGCCAGUUGAUCCUAUUAUGUUUGGUAUCAUGGAUAGUCGUCCUUCUGUGCUUGCUCCACAAUACUUUCGUGGCAAAAGUAUUAUUAAGGUGAGGGAUUGUUUUGAACUAGUGACACAUUUGUUAGCCACCUAUGUAUUCUGAUUUUGUUUAGUGAGUUGAUUUAUUACCCACACUUCACCAUAGGUUCCUGUUUUGUUAGCAGGAUAUGUCAAGUUUAAAUGUGUAUGAGGGGGUGGCAAUAAUAGGUCCAAUAGUGAUCCUGUAACAGCAGCUGGGAAUUGGGGCAAGUGAGUCAGAAUACGGUCUCACCCUGAGCAAUUGUAGCUACUCCCAGACCUCCCUUUGUGGGGAAAACUAGGAUUUUAACACUGUAUCCUGUUUUGUGUUCCCGAUUACAGUUCUUCUAUUAUUCCCAUGGCAAAUCAUAUCCUGGGAAGGAUACACAGUUUAAGGACAGAAGCAGCUGGGCGGGUGACCUUAACAAGAAAGAUGCAUCUAUCAGUAUAUCCAACAUGCAAUUCCGGGACAAUGGCACUUUCAUCUGCGAUGUCAAGAACCCUCCAGAUAUAGUUGUCACACCUAGUGAAAUCAAAGUCAGAGUUGUGGAAAAAGGUACCACCAUCUCUGGAUACAAGAGUGCUAGUAAUGAUGGUUGAUAGAAUCCUUUUGUGAAAUAUUUGAUUAAAUCACUCUACAAAAACCCAUCACUUACAGGAGUAUUAUUUUGGCUGUUCUUGCAUAACUUGUAUUUUAUUCAGAGUGCUUCUGUGAAGAAAUUGAACUGUUUUAAAAGAACUAAAAAUCCUGUAUGGUUUUGGAAUUAUGGUGUUAAUUUGCUUCUUAGAGCCAGCCUUAGCUGUCUGGUAAACAGUUUGGAAGGUGCUACAAAUUUAUAAGAAAAAAAUUGUUUAUAUUGUAGUCUGUUGAUAGGAUUAAGUCAGCUACUGUAUGCUUAUUUUACGGUUGAAGUUGUUUGUAGAUAGAGAUAGAAGAGAUAAUGUAGCCCAAGCAUAUAACUAAAGAGUGAUUUGAAAUAGACUAGAUCUGGGUGGAUUUCAGAAUGAAAAAGUUCAAUAGACUGCUAAAAUAACUUCUUUUAAACAAAUGGCAUUCACAGCUAGAGAAUAAGGUGUUCUCAGCAGUGGCUCUUUUCCAUAGUUAGGCAUGAGUAUAUAUGUUUGUUUCUUAGAUGUGCCAAGUUCGCUUUUGUACUUCUGUGAAUCCUGAGUCUUAGUAUAGUUGUAUCCCUUUGCUACAAUACAAUACAAGUGCAAUCUUGCCAAGAGGCAACAGUUACUAGUUUAUGAUUAUUGUGAUUAAUGUGUGAACUUACUCUUGAUUGUGGUGUUGAGGCAGCUUCUCAAAUGUGAUGGGUGUGCAUCUAAAACAUGGCAAGUUCUUCAUGAAAAUGCUUGGAAGCAGGGGUCAAUUAUUUCCUGAUUGACUCUUCUGAGCAUUUUAAAGCAUUGGCUCUUAUGUAGAUGCCUUUUACACUCAGCAGGAGGUCUGUGUGUUUUGUAUGCUGGUAUGCAUAGCAGACUACAAAUUUUUGUAGUGAAAAUUGGCCUUCAGGGGAAGUCCACUUAUUGUUCAACCUCAUCUUUCCCAUGAGGAUACUGAUGGGCUAAAUUAGAGAUUAAUUGUACUUGAUAUGCUGUAAAAAUGCUAUUGAAAUCUAAUGAACCUAACACCACAGAUCAUGCUCAUGAGUUUUACUUGAGGUUUGGGAUCUAAAAAAGACCAAGGAACAUGCCAUUACUGAGACAGAUGCACCCUUAACUUAUGCAUAUAAAAGCCAAUGCCAAUGAUAUAUUGAUAAAUGUAAAAGCUAAGCAGACUGGACUGAAACUUUUCUUCUCUCCUCAGGUAACUUGCCUGUGUUUCCCAUUACUCUAGUAGCAGGGGCAUCCAUUGGUGGAGUUCUGGGCUUAGUUUUGCUCAUCGUUCUUGUUGUGUGUGUCGCAUGCAGAAAGAAGAACUCUAAAAAUCAUUACUCUGGGUAAGAUGCUCCCCUUGUUCAUUUAUUUAGGUGUUUUUUUUUAUUAAGGCCGGGGUAGCUGAACCUGCAACAGGAAUCAAUCAUACAUGUUUUGUUCAUAGUACUAAAUUGACUGUGGCCACUGGGACACAUUCCUCUAGUCCCAAACUUAAUUGUUGACUUCAUUGUGCAUACACCUUUCAGGGUGUAUAAGUCCUACUAGAUAUCCUUAUGCAUGUUGGAAGGGAAGCGUGCAUCAUAAAGCUGUCCAGAGAGGCAGCCCUACACUCUUGUCUUCCAAAAAUAAAGGGGCUCUUGCAGCUCAGGAUGAAGUGCAAGAUAAAGGCUGGACAACUCUCUACAUCUUGGAUUGUACAACUCUAUUUCUGAGUUUGGAAUGUGGCUCCUUUUACAACAGUCUGCUUGCCAGAGGUUUCCAAACCUAGCUUUGGGAAAACAGUUCCUCUACUAUCUUCACUGGCUUCACCAUCUGCAUGACUUCCUUUUUUUCCCUUUUUCCUUUUUUUGCACUUAAGGUACCUUUUUAAUUUGCAUUGAAUAACUUCUGUUGGAAAGUAUUUUCAGGGUAGAAUCUAAAGCUUUAAUCCAGAGCUUUUAGAAUGCCACGAAAUGUUUUGUUGGUGGGUUCCUUUGAGGUGGUGGUGGUGGGACUUUUAUCUUGUUUGCUUUACCACUUAACUCCAACAGAAAUGCAGCCUUUGUACACAAAAACCUGAGCACACGUGUUCUGUGGGGAUUGUCAUUCCACUGCCCAACUCUUUCCUGCUUUUUGUAGAUCCAGUGAAUGCUAUGAACAAAGCCUUCAAAAGUCUAGUUUCUGAUGGGUGUGUUUAAUUGGCAACUGAUCCCACUAUACCUUAUUUUCAGCUGGAGAUUUUAGAGAGGGGUUGCAGUAGGAGUCAGUGGUAAGAUUGAGCAAGUGCAGUGAAAUGUGUUCAGUGUGGAAAGCACAGUUUCCUUUCUGCAUGUGCUCUUUCAGUAACCACUUAAAGGCAGCUUACACUGAUCUGCACUAAAGGAUCCCAAAGCCCAGUAUGGGUAUUUAACUCCCUGUCCAGUGUGUUAUUGCUGAAAGCUACUUAAAGGUGCUGGAUUUGGAACAGUAAUAUGUUUGCAUUGUCUUCUACAACUAAAAUCAACCCCCAGCAAUGAGGAAAUGGAUAACGUUGCUUUCACUGACUACACCAGCUCUUUGUUCCUACUGAUUACUAAGUGGCAGGGUGUGUUUGUGCUGUAAUUGCUGAGCAGGGCCACAUAAUUUUGCAGGGGUCUAAUUUCUAGAUGAAACUAACACCAGCAUUAUAAUGGAUUGAUUUGGGUGGUGGUGGAAACCCUUGCAUGGCAGUGUCACAACUUCUGUUCUUAUUCUGACAUUUUGGUUUUUUCCUUCCUGCUUUGGUGUGCUGGGAUCGGAUCCUGCUCUUACCUUCCUCUGCUUACAGAGAUCCUGAUAUAGACGCAAGAUUGGGAAUGUAACAGGGCUGGGUCUCCUCUUCCAGUCCCACUAUAUACCAUGGUAACUAAUCACAUUGGUGGUUGCUCUUUGGUACUUCGUGUGUGUGUGUGUACACAUUUCUGCCUCCUUUGCUGACUACCCGGCUAACAUAUCUCCAUCACUUGUGCUGAUAUUCUGUUUUGUAGACUGUUGGUGAAGGGGCAGCACAUCUCAUCUACUGCUUGAGUUUGUUGUCUCAUUUCCUCAAUUGUGACGGCAAUGCUCAUUAUCUUCAGAAUCAGUAUUCCAUCUCUUGCCAGCAAGCUCAUGUGCAUGAAUGAGUGUGGGGGAUCUGGACUCUGUACACUGUGAGAGGAGAAAAUCAUUCAGUAAAUAACUGAAUUUUCCAUGCAAAGACCUUUAAUUCAGUGUUAUUUUUAGAUCCAGGUUGCAUGAAUUCUUGGGAUAUACUCCAGACAUUUUAUUAGUCCCUUGGCCACUUUGUAUGCUGUGAUUCAAUCCCAGCAAGAAUGGAAGCCCAUUUACUGGUACUGAAAUGCCUUUUCCCCCUCAGUACUAUAUUUCCCUAUGUACUGCUGCAUAUCUCGUGUCUGCUUUUUUUAAUGUUUAAAUAUUCCUGUUGGAUAAGAGAAAAUAAUGGUUUGCAGGGAACUGCAUUCUGCUUAAUGUCAUUGUCACAUUGUCAUGAUCCAUGUCUGCCUGUAUAUGCUGUGUGUGUGUGUGUUGUGUAAAGAAAACAAAAUGAUUGAGAGAAAGGGUGGUGAGUAUUCCUCCUAGGCCAAGUUAGGUCCUAUACACAUUGCCCCAAUGGCUUCUUUUUAAACAGGACAAGCCAUUCUUAGAGGUAUGAGGAAGAAAGCUUAACUCAUUUCCUGCCCAGUGAUUUCUUCCCUCUCCAAAUUAUUCCCUGCUUGUUGGUGGAACACAACACAUGUUGUGCUCCCACAUCUUCGGUAUCAGCCACUCAUCUAGAAUAGACCUUGUACCAACUUACAUACAGAUACAUAACUGUAUUGUUUGGUCCUUAGGUGUCUGUGAGCAUGCAUGUUAGGAAUUAUUGAGAUGCUUAGUCAAUGUUCAGUUUAAUUGAUUUUGAAAUGAUUCCUAGUUUGUUUUUAAGCAGAAGUGAGAGCGCAUCAGUUCAAGGACAUAGCUGACAUAUCAGUACCCCAAGCCCUUUCUAAAUAGACUUUCCAAAGCUUUGUACAUAGUAGUAUCAAUAUAUUAACAGACAGUGUUCCAGUCAAUGGAUGCUUUCUUUGCUGCAGGCAUUCCAUUUACUAAAAUGAUUGGACAGAAAAAUUUUGUGGUCAAGAUCUAUUCCUUGACUUCAGCUACUGUGAAGACAUUGUUUAAGGCAUUUAUAUACUGCCCUUAAUAAUAUUUAUUCCAGAGUGGUUUGUAAUGCACAUUAAAAGAGCCAACAGAAAUAAAAUAUACAGUAAAACAGAACAAAACAAACAGGAGAAAUUUAAAUCUAAAACAGCAGUGUAAAAUUUCAGGUCUAGUGACCUAAAAUACUGCAUCCCUUCAACACUGAAAAUACAAAUUGUUAAUAUGCCUGAGAAAAUGCAAAUGUCUUAACUGGACAGCUAAAAUAUAAUACAGUGGUCACCAGGCAAGCCUCCUUGGGGAGAGAGUGCCAUAACCAUUUGAGGACAUGUCAUUGCUGAGCGCCUGUUCUGUUGUGGCACUUGCAAGAUAGGGUGCAGUCACUAGAAAAACAACAAUUUUCCGCCUAGUUAGAAAGGAAUCCAUCUUCAACUGUACACUUAUGUGUAAGUGAAUUCUGAUGUCUCGGGCAGAGACAACAAGAAACUACUUCCCUGGAUCCUGAGGCAGGGUCGCCUGUGUGACCCUGUUAGCAAGAAACUGGUUCUUGCUGGCCUCUAUUGGGGUUGCUUUCUUCCAUCCCAAGGCUGGGUUGGAUGUACAUCAGAGAGAAGAGGAGGUUUAGGAGUGAUGGUACUGAGCCAGCACUAGGGAGAGGAUGUAUGUUGUGUUGUUCACCGAGUUCACCUUUUACUUUGGCAUAAGUUGCCACGUCAUCUUGCCAUCACUUGCCUUUGUUUUUGUUUUGUGUUUUUGUUUGCCUCUUGAACAUUGUCCUGCAAACUCUGCUCUGCCACCUCGUCAGCUGCAGUACCUCUGAGAGCUUGGUGUCUCCAGUUAAGCAGGCUCCACGGAAGACCCCCUCCGACACAGAGGGUCUGGUAAACAGCGUGCCCAUCCGAUCACACCAGGUAAAUGGCAUCAUGAUGCUUUGGGAACUCUUAACUUGGAGACCUUCAGUGAUGGGAAAGGUGGUAUUCUUGUUGAGGGGAGGGAGACUUAGAGCAAAGUUAAAAGUGUUACAAAGAUAGACAUGAUGCUCCGGGAUGGUUUCAAAUUGGAUGGGGGACCACGGGUUGAGAUUCCUGCACUGCAGGUAGUUGGACUAGAGGACCCUCGGUAGGGUCCCUUCCAACUCUACAGUUCUAUGAUUCAUUUUCGAAGAUGAAGGAUGUUGUUUACUGCAGUCGUUUUCUGUACUUGACAACUUCAGUACUUCAAGGAUAGUGAAAAGAUUCAGUAGGGCUAGUCUUUGUAAGUAAACAGUUGUUGCAGCGGAAGCAAUUAUUGUGCCACAAUAUCCUAGCUCUGAGGGAGCCAUCUGACUCACAUGAAUUGAUCUGUGUUAGGUUGAGUGAAUUGUCCUUCUUUGUGAUACAGGUUUUCACUAGGAAGCUCCUUUAUUUGUAAUUCUAUGAUCUUGGCAGUGCUGAGUAUUUAUUGUUCCUGGACUUUUCCAAUUACCAUUUAUCAGAGCUAAUAAUAUUUUAGCCCCUUUGCUUCAUUGUUCUGUAUAUCUCCUUAUCCCCACAAAGUGUCAGGUAAACAAAGACAGCAGACCAUUGCUCCCCACUUGGAAAUACUCAUUCUAGAUACAGUGGUGCCUCGCAAGACGAAAUUAAUCCGUUCCGCGAGUCUCUUCGUCUUGCGGUUUUUUCGUCUUGCGAAGCACGGCUAUUAGCGGCUUAGCGGCUAUUAACGGCUUAGCAGCUAUUAACGGCUUAGCGGCUUAGCGGCUGUUAACGGCUUAGCGGCCUUAAGAAAAAGGAAACAAACUUGCAAGAACUCGUAAGACGUUUCGUCUUGCGAAGCAAGCCCAUAGGGAAAUUUGUCUUGCGGAACGACUCAAAAAACGGAAAACUCUUUCGUCUUGCACGUUUUUCGUCUUGCGAGGCAUUCGUCUUGCGAGGCACCACUGUAGAGUAUUGCUCAACAGGAAAUGAAUAGUGUUUCUUUUCCUUUCUGUUUUUUUAAACAUAUAGACUGCUUUAUGAGAAAGCUCUGUACAUAAUAAAUGUAUCAAUAAAACAGAUGAAAUCAACCAAACCAUUAAAAAAAACCUAUAGCAGCUUCCAUGGAAACAUAGGUGAAAAACAGACAUUUUGAGAGCAGGGAUAUAUUAGUUAAUGUUGACAAAGAUGAGGAAGGAAAUAGCCAGAUUUCCUUUCUUUUGUAUUCAGUUAUUUGAUGUGAAGUGUUGGGUGGAAAAAUGGAAACUAGAUAAUGGAAACGACUAGCUCUCCAAAUUGUAUCAACUUGAACAUCUUAGUCUGUCAAAAUAUGUUGAAAGCUACGGGUAUCAGAAUAGAGCUGUGGUGAUGCUGAGAUGCUUCAGCAGGAAAGGAUUUUGUUAAAAAAUAUAUAUUGAAAAGGUAGGUUUUUAUAAAAUAUUUAUAAAACUAUUUGAAAAUGAAAUGGCUAGAUGACAAUAUAGACCUUUCCUUCUGCUAGUUUGAAACAUUACUAUACAAAUUAACAUUUCAGUUUAAUAAAGCAGGGUAAGAAACCUGCAACCCACCAGAUGUUGUUGGACUCCAACUCCCAUCAUUCUUGACUAUUAGCUGUGUAUGCUGGGAGUGAUGGCAGUUGGAGUCUAACAUCUAGAAGGCUGCAGGUUUUCCACCCCUGUAAUAAAUAAAGAGACGUUCUUAAGGCAUAGUUCAUUUCUGGCGGUCCUCUUCACUUGGUUGAAGCUGGUGGUAUUAGGUGCUCUUUGAAAGGGGCAACAAUAUUGAUAGAAGCCACUGGUUUUUCCUUGUUGCUUCUAGGACAAGCAAGUCUUGGCUGUUGGGUGAAGUUAGUUCUGGUUCAGAGACUGUUUUUGCCAGCUAUCUACAAUAGGGGAAGCAUAGGAUUUUGAACGCUGUAGGCCUGCUUCUUACAAACUUUAAAACAAAACAAAACAUUAUUGUGUAGACUCUUACAAAGUCAAUGAAAACAUGCAUUUCAAUAGUCUUAUCUGGGGAGGUUGUGUGCACAUGAAACUUGCACAGAGCCAUGCAUCUUACAAGCUAUUUCUGAUGUUACUGUAAUGUGGAUAUAACAGGAGCCACAAUAAACAAAAUCUGGCAAGUGGAAACACUUAUUUUUAUUCUAGCCUAAACAGGAAUAUACAGAGGUUCACAUGCCUUAUUUAUUAAUGUGUGUGGGACUAGUAGAUAAUGUCUGGGGAACAUGGAGAUAGAUGGAAGUGCUUUUGUUUUUAAGUAUACCAGAGUGAGUUGACUUUUAUAUGCAGACAUCUGCUUUUUUUCUUACUGAAAGCACAGUGGUGGUAUUGUGGAAUAUUUUUAAUAUAUUGGAACAAAAUUAGAAGGCUGCUGUAAGAGGAGUGUCCUGUUUCCAGGAAGUACUCUUGGUUUGCAGCUUCUCUAUAGGAAUGGGAUAUUUACAUUGUUGAGAAGAUGAGAGGUUCUGUCUUUCUUUCUUUCUUUCUUUCUUUCUUUCUUUCUUUCUUAUUUAUUUAUUUAUUUAUUUAUUUUAGUAAGUAAGUAAGUAGUGGAGGAAAGGAGGGAGAAAUUCAUUUCAUUACAAUGGUUUACUCCAGUCUAUCUGUCUAGUCUACCAGUUUGCUAUUUCCAUCCUAUAUAUUUUAAAUCCUGAAGUUAAUGUAAUGGUUGUGAAAGCAGGAAGCUUGUUGCCUGAGGUUGUGUUUCAAACAGCAUGCACCAGAGUUGUCUUGUUUGGCUCACUGCAUCUUGAGGCUGGCUGAUUGCUCAUUGGGUUUGCUUUCACUCUUGUCCGUACCAGUAAAUUCAUUUGAGAUGUCAUCUAUUUCUCACAACUGUGCAUGUCUGUCUGGUACCAAAUGUCCUAGUGGUUCUCAUUCCUCUCUGUUGUUUGGCUGUACAGUGUUUGCUCAUUUUGAAUGUGAUAAUUGUCAAUGUUUUCUUAUUUCUAGAUCUAAUGUAUAACUGGCUGGUUAUCUAAGUUAUCCCAUAUGUAUAACUGAUAAAUUAGAAAGAAGACUAUCCCUCUUGUGUCCUAUUCCAAAGAGUGCUUUUGUACGGGACUUUAUUAACCUGUGCUUCUCCUCUGAUAGGCAGAUGCAAUUUCAGAUGUAAAACUUUCUACUUCUAACUUCUAAGCCACACAUCUGGUUCCUUUCUUCCGAUACUUGGAUAGCCUACACACCAUUCAGUGCUUUUGUUGUAUGGGACACAUAUAUUCCUGGUAAAAUCUGCAUAUUGUCCUGUGUCUGAUGCAUAGGAGUAGACAGACAUUGGAAAGCUAUUGGAACAACUUAGAAAAAGAAAAGGUGUCAUUCCCAGCGAGCAACUCUUCAGAGGAAUACUUCCAGAUGAUGUUUUCCAUCAACUAGCUACUAUAUGUACUUAAUUGAAUUAUUAUUAUAGUUGGGCUCACAUAUUUGUUCUGAAUUCCUGCAUAUGGACAGUGAUCUCUUGAUAUUUUCCAGGCAAAUAUGUCAUUAUCUGAAUCCUCUCUUCCCCCAUUAUCUGAAUCCUCUGUAGUUUUGUAGGAACUAGCAGACGGUCUCUAAACAAGGAACUUGGUAUUAUUCAAAGGAAAAGCUUUUUUAAAAGGCCAGUACUUUGAUAUAGAAGAAAAGACGCUUGUCCUUUGUCUUGGCUGAGUUCCAAGAACUCGGGGCAUUAGCCUUUGGAGUAGCAUCUGUUGAUGUGAGAGAAUUGUGGUCUUAUAUGAAAGAACAACAAAAUCAUUUGUAAAGCAAACAGGAAUAAAAAUGUGCAUAGCAUGACUCAUUCAUGUGGCUUCCACAAGAAGCUGCCUUAGAUCCAGUAAUGGUGUUGAAAACCUCUGGUGAACUGUGUGGCUUAUGGAAGAAGCUUGCUAUACAUCCUACAGUUUUGUAUGUUCAAAAAAACAUUUAUACUUUUGGCCAUAACUUCACUGUCUGCAGCUGAAGAAUAUGUGUCUUUCCAGCUAGCCAUCCCCAACUGCUUUCUUCCCCUGAACUGGCUCCUAAAGUGCUUUCUUACUGCACUAUUGAUCCUCUAGUCUUCCUUAUAAUUAAACUGUAUUGACAUUUUUAAAAUGCACAUUUCCAAAGAGAGUUGUUGUGGCUGAUUGUGGGAGAGAAUGGUAGCCCAAUUAAACAUUGGUGAAUGUAAUUUUAGAUUUGAGUGUUGCCAAGAUCAUGCCUCCUUUAAAGCUUUGUUCCUUGUGGGCUACACAGCCUUAUUGAACAUAAAAAAAUACGGAUUAUUCUUCCAACUCCCUGUUGGCUUCUCGUUUGUUUGUUUUUAAAUACUCCACGAGCAUUGCUGCCAUCUAGAGGGGUAAGAGUUGCUGGACAGUCUUUGCUUUUGGUUUUUGCUGACGAACUUCUUGUAUUGUAGUGUCUUUGUGGACAAGGCAGACAGAUGCAGAAAAAUACUGAAUCACAAAAAGCCGAUAGUAUUUCUGAAAGACAAUUUUUGGAUGAUCAUGAUGAUAACCCAAGAUGGGUGUAUAGACACAGAUUCUUCACUUAUCCUUAUGCAAGUUGGCAGCCAGGAAGUCUUCCAUUAAGUUUCCCAUUUUGUCUGAACCAGAAAUCUCUGGUUAACAGAUUCAAAACAAGCCACAAUUUGAAGUUGGCUGGUAUCCUUCUUGUUCUGAAGCUGUUUCUUUUUUCAUCUAAAACAGGAUAUUACUAUUAACUGUAGUUAAUGAAAGUCUUCCUGGUUUGUUUGCCAGCUUCUGCUAAAAGAAGAGGAAAGGUGCUUUGAGUGUGUAUGCCCCCAAAGCUGAUCCAUUGUCAGUGUGAAGACAAUCUGGAUGAAGUGCAGUUUGAGGAACACAAUUUUCAGCCUUGUAUUUGCUCAAGGUGGUAGAUGAAAUUUAAAAUUCCAACCUGUUGUCUUAAUUUAGUGUAUUGCAGCAGCUCCCAAGAAAAAUACUGCUAGCGUGACACGUCCCUGUCUGAUUCGGCACAAAUGGAGCCUAUUGAAUGAGCUGAUUUUAGCCAGACUGUGAAUUCUUGAUGUACUCUUUCAAAAUAUCAAUCCAUUCUCUGCUCCGUUGCUCGGUGAAUUGUUCUGAAGGCUACAAGCAAUUCCAUCUACCUGAAGAAUGAAGUGUCAGAUUUCUAUAAGAAAAUAUUUGCGGAUUCUUUUGCAGGACUUUAUCGCAGUAGAUUAAUUUCUUUAAAAAGUCAGCUUGACUUGCAUAGUUUGUAGGUAGACCCAAACAGAUAAAAGAGGGGGGAAAUGUGUGUCUUGUGUACAUUUAAUAGAGUUUUGUCUGCUUAAUGCUCAUUAACUUCCUAAUCUAAAGAUUAAUUUUGUCUUUACACUGCCUGCCAGCAAUGUACUGAAGGAAUCAUGCUCUUUCACCAGUUUGCUUACUCUGUAUUUCUUUUUUUUAGGGCCCAGUAAUUUAUGCGCAGUUAGAUCACUCCGGAGGGCGUUACAGUGACAAGAUCAACAAGUCGGAAUCUGUCGUCUAUGCUGACAUUCGGAAGAACUGAGGAAAUCCCAACCAACCCAAAGCUAAACAAAAAUUCAAACUGGAAUCGCUUGAAGAAGAUUGACCCAGAGAACUCACAUGUGGCCUUUGAUGCCUAGGCUAGGACCAAUGCAUGUGCAUACAGAGAGAAAGAGAUUAUAUAUGUAUUGUGUGUAAAUAGUCUAUUUAAAUCGUACAGAACUGAGACCAAUGUUGCAUGUUGAAAUAUGAUAUGAAUUCUGCUUAUAAAUUGCUAAUAUUUUUUUUUUUAUCUAGGAUAAGAGGAAGAAAGCAAAUAUUCAUAUUACACCUUUAAGUGAUUUCUCUGUUCUAUGGAAAAACUGGAAAAUUCCUGGAUAGGCUAAUGGAUUUGAUACUUUGUUUUUUACAAGAUUGAUUUCUUUUGAUGAAAUAGACUUGAGGAUAAGUGUUUCUGCAUGAGGAUUCUCUUUUCCUAUUCUGGUGCUUUCCACACAGUUUCAUAUAAAUUCACUCCUGUCUUUCAUUCCCAAUUCCCACUUACCUCUUUCUACAGUAGGGUCGGAAAGCCCUCCCCUGCCUGCAGUUUCCAGCCUGGUCCUCGUAUUGGCUGAAGCCAAAGUUCUAUCUUCAGGGCAUUAACUAACCUUUGUCUCUUUUUGGUGCAGUGCUCUCCCCACCCCAAUAGCUUUCAGACAUUUUCAUUUGGUCAUUUCAAUCAUGAAGCAUUAACAAGAAGUCCCUCUAAUUUUUAUUUCCCGCUGGUGAUUUUUCUGCAAUAAAAGUGGUAUUCAGUUUUGUCUUUGAAGAAAAUAGGGUAGUGAAAUGGUGCUGAAUGAACUUAGUCUGAUCUUAAUAUGGCUUUCUAGAAUACCCUUACCUUGGGCUGCUUUUAGUAAGGCUUAUUGGGAUGUAGCUGUUGCAGAAAGAAAGUUAAAAUUUACAAGUUACCUCUUACUGUUUUAUCUAAUUCCAUGGAGGGGAGUGCUUCAUGGAAGCCAAAUAUGAUAGAAUAGGCCAGUAGUACACUUCCUGUUUCAAGAGGUGAGGGCCAAGAUUCUAUGGUUACUCAUUCUCAGACUGCAGAUUUACUUUCAAACAGAAAGGACUGUGGAUUUCUCUACUGUGGGGUUAGCUCUGCUCUGUUGCCGCUCACAACCUCCAAAUCAUCUGCUGUUCUCUCCUCCCUUCCUGCCUCAAACCAUUGUUUCAGACAGGCUGACCGAUUCUCUUCCUCCUCCUCCUCCUCUUCAUUGUUUCAGACAGCCUGUCCAGUUCUCUUCCUCCUCCUCCUCCUCCUCUUCCCAAGGCCCUUGCAUGUUUAUCUGUGCAGUGGAGUUUUCUUAAAAGUAUAAGAAAGUGUGAAUGGUAGCAGAUGAAACUUUAUGAUUGACCCAAAGGCUGGCCAGUUAGCACUCUGCAGAGCCAAACAAGCAGGCUUUCCCUAAAGCUUGGGCCAAGAGGAGGGGACAUUGUACUUUUGCCCAAAUGUGGUGAGUGCAUUUCCACAGCAGGAUCGCUGCUAAAAUGAGGUAUGCCUGUAUGAGCAUUAAUCCCUUGUUCCUUAAUGGAUUUUUUUUUUCCAAAAUAGAAAAAUUAGAAGGCUUCGAUUACCGACUCUUCUGUGCUAAGGCCAUCUUUACUGCUGUCUCCUGUGAUCUCAGUAGACUUAGGCUGCAGUCCUAAAUCCACUUACUAGGAAAGUAAGUUCCCUUGAACUUGGUGGCACUUGAGUCUAAGAAAACCUGAACAGGGCUGAAGUGCUGGUGUUCACUGAAGCUUUAUUGGAGUUUUUCUCCUUUCUAAACAGUAAAAUUAUGCCAUUGUACACAUGCACCCAUUCAUCAUAGAUGCCUUGGGUACUGCUUGUCUUACUUUCUUUUACCAUAAAUGAAAUUGGCCAUGCCAUUGUUAGUCUCACCUCCACCUACUGGUUUUUGCGUGCAGUGCAUCAUUUACUGGGGCUGGCAAGAGCUGGCAGGUUUCCUGCAGGCAUCUCAUUGGCCACUGUGAGAUCAGGUUGUUGGGCUACAUGGGCCACUGGCCUGAUCCAGUAGGUUCGUUGUCUUAUGCACUACUGCACAUACUCAUCCUAGAAUUGCACCCUGCCCCCUACAAAACAAAAACGUUGCAGGAGUGUAGAUGAAUGAGCAACUUGUGAAGAUUUGUCUUGAACAGGGAGGGACAAAAGUUAAUGAAAGGUGACACUUAAUGCUAAUCUGAAUACACCCACGUGCCAUUUUACAGGUUGAUUUGUUUUAUGAGGCUCCUCUUUUAAUGUUCAUUUAGUGUCACUGUUGAAAGGAGCCUGUUGAAUUCCUUUUGACUUUUCAAUCUUUAUUCAGUUGGGGAGUGAGGGUGGGACUGAAAAAACUUAGGUGCUUUUCAAUUUUCUCCAGUACUGCACUGGUCUCCUUGCCCUCUUCAGAACAGGGGCUGGCAGAAGGUAGAUUGACAGAUUGCAGUCCCUUGGUGGUCUGCAAACUCCUGGUUGACCACCUAGGCACCUGGUGGGUUACUGGGAUGUUUUGUGUGCACAAAGAAUGUUGGACUAGGUGGAUUGUGGUAUGAUGGAGAACAUCUUAUGCUGUUAAACAGGAGGACCACAUAAUGCAGAUAAGCUAUGCCUUAAUGGUUAAGACACCCUGAAUAUGCAUUCUUGCUUUAUUAAUGUAAAACACAUCAGUGGAUCAUAAGGAUUCUAGCUAAAAACAAAUGUAGACCACACAAGGUAGAAUUUGGGCCACUCUGCUUUGCAGCUACCUCUUGUAGUGUAUACAGCCCAAUGGGAGUGUGCGUAGUUUGUCGCUAGGAGGAGCAAUAAAAGCAGAAGGGUGGAUUUCUUGCCUACUGCAACACAAGUGUUUGUCAUGGCUCAUAACCACUUUGUAACUGUUUCUGCUUGGUGUAUGUAACAGAGACUUGGUUGGAUGAAGCAGAUGGGCCUGUUCUUGCAGUUUCUUGGCCACCAGAUUUCUCUUAUGCACAGCAACCCAGGUCAUAUGGGUGGGGAGGAGGGCGUUGCAGUGAUUUUUAGGAAGUCAUUAGCUUGCACCAGGCGUCCUAUUGGGAAGACCCAGUUUUCUGAGUGCAGGUUCUGGAAGCUGGGCACUAGGGGCAGUACAGUAUUCCUUAUGGUGUACUGACCUCCCCACUGUACCAAGGUUUCCCUGCCCGAGCUGCUUCAGGUCGUGGCGAAUGUUCUCCUGGUGUCUUAUUCUGGUUGUCCUAGGGGAUUUUAACAUCCAUGCCGACACAACCUUAUAAGGGGCCGCUCGGGACUUCGUGGAAAGCAUGGCCUCCAUGGGGCUGUCCCUGAAUAGGUUUGGCCCAAUUCAUAGUCGUGGACAUGCCUUAGACUUGGUGUUCACUUCUAUGGAUGUGGGUGAUCUGACACUAAGUAAAAGUGAAACCAAAGAAGUGCCAUGGUCGGAUCACUUCCUGGUGCAACUGGACUUCUCUGUGACCCUUCUCUUCUGCAGGGAGGUGGGACUGAUUUGGAUGGUCCGUCCCUGCCACUUAAUGGAUCCAAAUGGUUUCCAGAGAGUUGUAGGUGAUGUUUAUCCCACGUUGAUGGCCUUUCAGGUGAUUCCCUGGUGGCCUGCUGGAAUGCAGUUAACCAGGGCUAUUGACUGACUGACUCCGAAGCGCCGUCUCUGAUUGCAUGGAGCCCGGACAUCCCCGUGGUUUUCUCCAGGGCUGAGGGCGAUGAAACAAUAGCUGAGAUGGCUGGAGUGCCAGUGGCAAAAAACUCAUUCUGAAUCAGACCGGAUACAUGUUAGAGCUCAGCGUCGAGCCUAUCCAGUGGCGAUAGUGACAGCGAAGAGGACCUUCUUCACCACCUCUAUUGCAUCUGCAGAAAACAGCAGCAGGAGACUCUCUUAGGUGGUUCGCAAUUAAACGGAACGACCUUUGCCAUUAGGGCCCAGUAAGGACCCCAAGAUCUCCUGCAAUGAUUUUGCAAAGUUUUUUGCAGAUAAAGUCGCUCAGAUUCGGAAAGAGGUAGACCACCAUGGGAGCAGGGUCAGGGCGGGAGAGAGCUAGAGUCCUGUCCAGUCAAGUUGCAUGGGAUCAAUUCCAAUCUGUUACCUCUGAGGAUGUGGACAGGCUGCUUGGACGAGUGAAACCAACCAAUUGUCUCCUUGAUUCUUGCCCAUCCUGGCUGAUAAAAGCGAGCCGGGAAGGGCUGGACAAGGACUCGCUGGGAUCGUGAAUGCUUUUCUCUGUGAGGGAGGCUUCCCAGACCAGUUGAAAGAGGUAGUCAUGAAACCGUUUCUUUAAAAAAAAGCUCUUUAGACCUGGCCAAUAUGGCCAACUAUUGCCCAGCUUCAAAUCUUCCAUUCUCGGGCAAGGUGACUGAGUGGGUGGCUGCUGAACAACUCCAGGCAUGCCUGGAGGAUGCGGACCAUUUGGAUCCCUUCCAGUCAGGAUUCAGGCCUCAUCAUGGGACUGAAACUGCCUUGCUCACGCAGGUUGAUGAUCUCCGGCAUGCUAGGGACAAGGGUGAAAGCUGUUUCCUAGUUCUGCUGGAUCUCUCAGCGGCCUUUGAUACCAUCAACCAUAACAUGCUUCUGGACCAUCUAGAGGAGCUGGGGGCACUGUUAUACAGUGGUUCUGCUCCUUCCUCCUGGACCAUGUCCAGAAAGUGAUGUUGAGGGAUGAGCGUUCAGACCCCUGGGCUCUCACUUGUGGGGUGCCUCAGGGUUCCGUCCUCUCCCCCAUCCUUUUUAACAUCCAUAUGAAGGGCUGGGAGAAAUCAUCAGGGGGGUUGGGCUGAAAGUUGAUCAGUAUGCGGGUGAUACCCAGCUCUACGUCUCUUUUAAAUCAGAACCAGUGAAGGCGGUGAAGGUCCUGUGUGAGUGUCCUGAGGUGGUUAGAGGAUGGAUGGCAGCUAACAGAUUGAGGUUGAAUCCUGACAAGACAGAAGUACUGUUUUGGGGGACGGGACGGGCAAGUGUGGAGGACUCCCUGGUGCUGAAUGGGGUAACUGUGCCCCUGAAGGACAAGGUGUGCAGCCUGGGAGUCAUUUUGGACUCACAGCUGUCCAUGGAGGCGCAGGUCAAAUCUGUGUCCAGGGCAGCUGUCUACUAGCUCCAUCUGGUACGCAGGCUGAGACCCUACCUGCCCGCAGACUGUCCCGUCAGAGUGGUGCAUGCUCUAGUUCUCUCGCUUAGACUACUGCAGUGUGCUCUAUGUGGGGGCUACCUUUGAAGGUGACCCAGAAACUACAGCUAAUCCAGAAUGUGGCAGCUAGACUGGUGACUAGGAGUGGUUGCCAAGAGCAUAUAACACCAGUCCUGAAAGACCUUCAGUGACACCCAGUACGUUUCUGAGUACAAUUCAAAGUGUUGGUGCUGACCUUUAAAGCCCUAAACGGCCUCAGCCCAGUAUUUUUGAAGGAGCAUCUCCACCCCCAUCAUUCAGCCCGGACACUGAGGUCCAGCGUUAAGGGCCUUCUGGCAAUUCCCUCACUGUGAGAAGUGAGGUUACAGGGAACCAUGCAGAAGGCCUUCUCGGCAGUGGCACCCGCCCUGUGGAAUGCCCUCCCAUCAGAUGUCAAAGAAAUAAACAACUACCUGACUUUUAGAAAACAUCUGAAGGCAGCCCUGUUUAGGGAAGUUGUUAAUGUUUGAUGUUUUAUCGUGUUUUUAAUAUUCUGUUGGAAGACGCCUAGAGUGGCUGGGGAGGCCCGGCCAGAUGGGUAGGGUAUAAGUAAUAAAUGAGGAAUGCCAGAAAAAAUAACUUAAUGGAAAGACUUGCUUCAAUUAUAACGAUCAACUAAUCACUACUCUGCAUACUUUGAUCUGAUGCAAACUACAGGACUUGUGAAUGCUUGCAGCCAAAUGAGCUGUGUAGGAGAAAACAAUUUAUUAUUCAAUGUUUUCAGAAUAUUAUAGAACUUAACGUAAUCUUUUAAUUCUAGCACCUUAUUACUAGAAAAGCAAGUCACUAUUUUUUCUUUCUUCUUUCAUCUUUGCCAGAUACUCUUGACACUUUGCUUCAUCAGCAAUUGGAGCUGGCAGCAUGAUGACCCUUUUUUGUGUGACAUGCACCUGUUUUUCAGCAUUUUGAAAGGAUCCUGAAUAUGGUUUAUAGUGCAGGAGAGAAUUUGGGUUUGUUGUCCUCUCAUUUGUUGCUCCUCUUCUGAGUUUAAUAGCAGACAACUUGGCAAGCACAAGAACCCUAAAGGUGCUACAUUUCCCCCGACAGAAGUUAUGUGGCUUGAACAGUAAAAUUGGAACAAGUGUGACUUUUCCUAGUAGCCGUUCAAGCUGAAAACCUCUAUUCAUGAGAGAUUGUGGCAUCUUGGGGAUUUACAUCCUUUAACAUGCCUGAAGGUAUGAUCCAUGUUAUAAUCUUAUUUGUAAAUAGUAUAUUUUCUAACUUAAAAGUGUGGUCUAACCCUGUUAAAAACCAGUUUGCCAUCAAUUUUAGUGGAGGUGCAGUGCCCUUUUUUUAGAGAGAGACAAGGCAAGUAGAGGCUAGUGUUGCUACUAGGUUUUGACUCCUUAACAACUGUACCCCUCAUGUUUCAUCUCAGUAGAAUAUUGUUCAAUAGAAGUUCUUCAUGGCAGAUAACCAUGUUUGAAUAGGUAGAGUGCUUUUAUCCCAGUAGGGUUUGGGGAAGAUCGUUCAGACUGUAGGAGUUCUAUCUUAUUUGUUCAUGAAGCUUUGUCUCUUGCUAGAGUGCUUUGUGGGUCUGCAGUAUCAACAUUUCAGUGUGAAUAGGGAAACUAUAAAAAGUUUUGUCUUAAUUAUUUGAAGUAGUUGAGGUGAUCAUCUGUCUUGUAACUUGCUCUGUAUUCACAAAACUCCAAAGGCUUUCCUUUUUGUGUACAGUCAGUUGUUCUGGUGAAGUGAGCAGGUGUUCAGUCAUCAACAGAUGAGCCUUGAAGUCUGUCAAGUCUCAUUCAGAGUUUUACCUUAUUCUUGUAUCGACCAAGCCUUUUAAAACCACAUUUUUCUAUUUGUGUGUGAUGGGUAGAAGUUUCAUCCCCCCUUAUUAAAACUGUUUCCUAGUUAAAAUCUAGGGAGACGCCUCAGUGAAAGGGCAAUUUUCCUAUGGUGCUCAGUUUAGAUGCCCUUUUCUGUGAAAGGCAAUCAAGAUCUAACAAAGGACUCCCACUUGUGAAACUUAGUUCCCCAACCCUUGGACCUUCUUCUCAAGAUCUCCUUUGGCUCUAUACAACUCCACAGAAUGCAGCUACUGAGCCCUUUUCUACCUUGUUUCUGCACUUUUAAAAAACUGGAAUUGCAUUUUGUAUUAAGUUGUUGUACAGUCUCCUUUCCUUCCUUCCCUAUGUUCUCAAAUGCAGCUGCUGCACAGGCAGUUGGCUACCUUCUGGAAAGCACCACUAAGAGGGCACCACACUAUGAUGCUGCUAGAUUGGCGGGGUGGGGCAAAAGGGGUAAACACCUAUAAAAUAGGUGUAUAAUUUUGGGCAAGGGAUUGUUCUACAAGGUCUCUGUAAAGUUAAAGCAGGAACUAGUGGUAACAUACUUGUUUUGACUUGCUUCUAAGUUGGACACACAUCACAUUGGAUAUUUACAUGUUUUCUAUUGUACUCUUGUGAAUAUUUUAAUACACUUUUUCCAUUAGUGGUCUGUUGUGUGUUUCAUAAUUUGUCAAGCAUGAGAUAUUGAAUUGCCUUUCCCUUUCACAUACUUCUGCUACAAAGCCAAGAUUCAGCUUUGACUGCAAGUGCUCAAUAUAGCACAGUGCAUAGUGCUCAGUAUAGGAGAAUAUGCUUCAGGAGUAGCCCCCGACUACUCUCAUGCUCUUCCAUUAACCUAGCC